AACGUAGGUACCCUGAUGAUGAUGAUGAUGAGUUUGUUUGCGUGUGUUUCAGAUGAAGACGGAGACCUGGUGGCGUUUUCCUCCGAUGAUGAGCUGAUGAUGGGGCUGGCGUGCGUGAAGGACGCCACCUUCCGCAUCUUCAUCAAAGAGAAGAAGGAGCACCGUCGGGACUUCCCUCUUCACGCCUUCCCGCCCUUCGCCUUCGGGCACCCUCCUCCUCCUCCGGGCCCGCCCCCCCACACGGGCCCGCCCCCCCUGCACAGCGGGGUCACCUGUGACGGCUGCGAGGGUCCCGUGGCGGGAACUCGUUUCAAGUGUACCGUGUGUCCAAACUACGACCUGUGCUCCGCCUGCCAGGCUCGAGGGACGCACACCGAGCACGCCCUGCUGCCCAUCUGGCACCCGAUGCAGUGGUUUCCUCGGGGGAAAUGGAUGAAGAAGAUGAGACACUGCAUGUGGAACCAGAACCUGAAUGUGAACCCUGCUCAGAGCCAGGACCAGGACCAAGAUACGGAUCAGGACCAGGAUCAGGACCAGCCCGGACCCUCCAGACCUGCUGCUGGCAGCAGCGGCGGCGCCCCCUCUGCCUCACAGGCCAACGUGGACUUCCUGAAGAACAUCGGCGAGGGCGUGGCCGCCAUGUUGAGCCCGCUGGGUAUUGACGUGGACAUCGACGUGGAGCACGAGGGUCAGAGGACAAAGGUGACCCCUCCCUCUCAGAGCGGGGGGGUCGGUGGUGUGGCGGGCGGAGCCAACGACGAGGGCGGGGUCCAAAGUGAAGGCGCAGACGAUGCUGAGAGCAGAGCCGGCAGCGUGGGCGGAGCCAGCAGCGAGGGGUCAAAGGUGGGCAGAGAAUCUGACGAGGAGUGGACUCACCUGAGCCCCAGAGAGGUCGACCCCUCUACCGGAGAGCUGCAGUCCCUGCAGCCCGGGGACGGGGACCAGGACCAGAUUCCCCCGUCGGGACAGCAGGGUCCUCCGUCGGGACAGCAGGGUCCAACAGGUCUGAGGGAGGCGGCUCUGUACCCUCACCUGCCUCAAGAGGCGGACCCUCGGCUGGUGGAGUCUCUGUCGCUCAUGCUGUCGAUGGGUUUCACUGAUGAAGGCGGCUGGUUGACUCGUCUCCUCCAGGCCAAGAAUUUCGACAUUGGCGCGGCACUCGAUGCCAUCCAAUACGCCAAACAGCCCCGCCCACACCAGCCCUGAUGAUGUCAUCACCUUCAUUAAACCAAUGACAUUUAACCAGCAGAUCAUUUACACUUCUGUCAGAAGUUCCUGUAAUCUGAGUUCAUAACCAAUCUGUCAUCUAAGUACUGCAAUUAUCAAUACUCACUGUCAUCAAUCAAUACUUUAACUCAUUACUCAAUACUUUGUCAUAUUGAUUACUGCUUUAUCAUUGUUAUUGGUCAACAACAUGUUUUCUCAAUCUGAACAAUAAAAACAGAACAUUUUAAAAUUA